UAAAAGGGAGAAGACCCAUAUUAUCAGUUUACGAAGGAAAGUGCAUUUUCAGCAUAAGACAUUGCUCAUAGGGGACAUGUUAUCCGCUAGUAUAGCUUUUGAAAAUAGAGCGGCCGAGUGUGCAUGUACACGAACCUUUGGAUCGUAAUGCCGGGAUAAGGUAAUACCUACAGCGACAGAGAGGCUUUAGCUGCAAAGUAUCUGGGGAUGCAGAGGUCUUGACCAACUUAACAACUCAGACAACCACCGGAGACUGUGAAGAUGGCAAUCAAUGAACAAAAAUUCUGUCUGAUAAUACUUUUCGUAAUAAGCCUUUCAUCACUCGCCGCUAUGUUCACAGUGCUAUACCAUUACAACGAGUUGGUGAAAACAAUUUCUGUAAAGAAGGAUUAUUAUUCAUUUGGCACCCGACAAUUCGUCAUCUCCUCCAAGGAUGAAACCGGAGAUGAAAUUGAUAAUGAUUUUGAAAAUAUCAAAAUUAUUUCUUUAAAGGGUGCCUCUAAACCAGUGAUACAAGGACUCGCCCUUAGUAUUAGCAAUGUUGAACGUGAUGUCUUAACAUUCAAUAUUGAUGAUUAUCUAAAACCCCUAUCGGAUAUACCAAUUGAAGAGAGCAGUCUUCUCCACAAGAUUCAACAAAAACAGAAAGACACCGACUUUAAAUGUGUUAUUAGGGUUGCCAAGUAUUGUUCAUCUCGUUGUCGUACCGUUGCACCUGGAAACCAGUCAAGAGAGUGGAAUCCAUUUAGAUGUGAAUUCAGCGAGUUCUGUAGGUUUGAGACAAGUUUUGUUGGUCAACCCUCUAAGGAACUCAUGCAGAGUUUCGACGUUGUUUUCUUCAUACCUGGGUUUCGAGAUAGACAUUUGAAUGAAAUGAUUGCUUUGCGACCACCGGGACAACUAUGGGUCAUAUCAACAAAAGAGAGCCCUAUUCAUGACAUGGGCUAUGUACCUCCAGGUUUAACAGGAAACCCUUUCAAUCUCACCAUGACCUAUGCGAGAGACACUGAUAUCGUUUUCCCAUACGGCAGUCUGCAGAAAAUAAAGGCUCUCCCAGAACCUCCUCCAAUACCCAAGAAGACUAAAUUGAUAGCAGCGAUGAAUGGUAAUUGCAAUCCUUACUAUUGGCAAAGGACGGAGUUGAUCAAUGAGAUUCAGAAACACCUCUCAGUCGAUUACUAUGGGAAAUGUGGUAAGGCGGGACAGCUCCCCCAAAAGAACACAACCGAAACGCUUCAACAAUAUAAGUUUUACCUUUCGUUCGAGAAUAGUGAAUGUCGGGAUUAUAUCACGGAGAAAGUGUGGAAGAAUAGUCUCUCUAAUGGAAUCGUUCCUAUAGUCUAUGGAUCAACGCGUGAAGGCUACGAGAAGACACUUCCGAAGGAUUCUUUCAUUUUCCUUGAGGAUUUCAGCAACAUGAGUGCAUUUGUUGAUUACAUUCAUGCUCUUGAUGAAGACGAAGCGAGAUACAAGAAAUAUUUUGAUUGGAAAAUUGAUAGCAAAAUCAUCUUGCAUUCUCCAUCAGCGUUCCGAGGUCAAAAACCUGGGCUUAAUUUAUGUUAUCUAGUGAAGAAAUUGAUCCAUAUCUUCUUCUACCCAGAGACUUCGUGGAAGAAAAGGACUCCAGAUUUUGCUUCUUGGUGGCUAGGACAGUGUGAUGAUUUUCAUGCUGACAAGAAAGUGCUGGGAUUCAAUGUUCGAAGAUCAAAGGAAAAGCAAGCUGAAAUCGAACAGAGGUGGUAGAACUGGUAAUACAGAAUAUAAUGAUUUAUUGUUUGUUACUUUGGGUAAACACAUAUCCACUUGACUCGAUUUCAACUUCGGUAUGGGGUUAAACAUUAAAGUCUGAGUUCUUCAAUUACUGAUGAGCAGCCUUUUUCUGCAGGAGGACUAAGUAAGCUCAGUCUCAAAGGAAUACAAGUAAGAAAGUGGAAUUGCGGAUGAUGAGGGCAAUAUCGUGUUUCGGUAUGAUCAGGUGGAGAACUCAACAAAGUAUUGAUAAAAUUCAUAAGGAGUUUAUUCAUGUCUUUGAGUGAAUUAAUAAUUUAACGAGAAUUACAUAUUUUUGAUAUUUAAGUUUAAGCCUUUGAUGCACAAAUGCU